GCAUAAUACACUGGAGAACAGAUUUUGGCCAUGGAGAAGGCAAUCUUAGGAAAGCUUGAAUGAAGCUUAACAGUGCGCCAACACCAUAUGUCUUUCUUGUUCGUUUUAUUAAGGCUUCUAUGGCUGAUUAAAAGGAGAGAAAAUCCAUCAGCCACGGACCAAGCAUUUUCAGCUCCACAACAGCCACCCCUUGGUAAGGUUGAUUAUGAUUAGCUUGGUCAGAAUUUCUGUGGUUAGAUUUGUUUCAUUGCUAAAAUCCUCGUAUUAGAAAAUUAUGUAAAAACGACUUCAUAUUAUGUUCUGUUCAAUGUUUCCAGAGAGCACCAAGAAUUUUUUAAGUUUUCUAAUUCAGUUUCAAAGUCCAUAACAUCUGAACUGGAUAAAGUCCUUCUUCAAGUUUAAAGCAAGUUCAGGAGACUGGUGAUAAAGUGAUUCAAGAACCUGCUCAUUCUUCAGCUACUGAGGCUGAAGCAACUACUGAUCUAAAUGCAGCAAAAGUUGCUGCUAUGAAAGCUGCAGAACUUGGUAAGCAACAACUACUGAUCUAAAUGCAGCAAAAAGUUGCUGCCAUGAAAGCUGCAGAACUUGGGAACUCCCAAAGCCGUCGCCGAGUUUGGGAGAGCGAGAGAGAAGAGGGAAGAGAGGAGUCCCGCUGCCGCCUCUGCUCCAUAUCCACCACCGACAGAUCCGGCUUCAUCGAUCCAAAUACCGGCGAUGGAGAUCCGGCCACAACUACUGACCGCCAUGACCAAAGCCGUCGCCGAGUUUGGGAGAGCGAGAGAGAAGAGGGAAGAGAGGAGUCCCGCCGCCGCCUCUGCUCCAUAUCCGCCACCGACAGAUCCUUCAUCGGAGUGAACUGCUUAGAAAUCCUAGAAGUUAAGAUGAUGCAAGAUCUAAGGAACGCCCCUCCAGGUUUCAGACCCUGCAAAUCCGCUCCUUGUUCCCCAACGAAGCCUAUUGGGAUCCCCAGAAUUCACUCAGAGUCUUUUCAUAUGACACAUAAGGCCAAAAACGUCCAGUUGAUGGACAAGGACCCAGAAAGGGCAAUUCCUCUAUUUUGGGCUGCAAUUAAUGCUGGAGAUAGAGUUGAUAGUGCUCUUAAAGACGUGGCAAUUGUGAUGAAACAACAGAAUAGGGCGGAGGAAGCCAUUGAAGCUAUUAAGUCACAAAGAAGUCGGUGUUCAGACCAAGCACAAGAGUCUCUGGAUAAUAUUCUUCUGGAUCUUUACAAGGUUCCUUUGUUUUCUUUUCUUUUCUGAUUUCAUCUCUUAUGUCGCAUCGAUUCAAAUACCGGCGAUGGAGAUCCGGCGGAGAAGAUAAUCAAAGGUUGCGUUUUUUCUCCUUUUUUUCCUUCAAUCUGUUCGAAAUCCGCAGUCUGUGGUGGUCUUGGUUGGAAAUCCGGCAAAUUAUGGCUGAAAUCUGUGGUUCUCUGUAAUUGAAAGCUUCACUGUAAUGUAAAAAUAUGAGUUUUUUCAA